AAGAGCGAUAAAAUUAGUUUUGUCAGUGUUCAAUGGCAUGGUGUUCAGUCAGUGCUAAAAUGAAUGGAGCUAAAAAUGCAUUGUUUCGUACGGAGCUCCUCGAGUGAUUAUUGUUUAUAAAUAAACAUCUAGUUUCAUAAUUCGCAUUUUAGGGAAGAUUCAACGACUAUUAUUUAGUGUUUUGUUGGUGCAGCAUUGCAACCAUUGAAUGUGUUAUAAAUUGCUGUUUUUAGAGUCAGAGUCAGAGUCGGCCGGUACGUUGAUUGGUUUGGUUCGUUGCGUUUUCGGAUUGGUUUGAUUGGAUUGAAUCGUAUUGACUUGAAUUGAAUUGGCAGUUGAUCAAAACGGAUCAGAUCAUAUUGGAUUACUUACAUACAUAAUUCAUACAUACAUAUGUAUAUGUAUGUGAAGUGCGUAAAGUAUUGUUCGGUGGAAAAGUGUUUGUAAUAGAACGUACUGUUGUGUGUGAAAAUUUGUAACAGUCUACGAUUUUGUGAAAACGUAAAAAAAGGAAUGAAAUUCACAACUAAAGUAUGUAGUGUAAAUCUCUUGAUGUGUAAUUGAACAUUUUCGACUGCUUAUCAAUCGCGCAGCAGCAGCAGUGGCGCAUCGCACACCACACGUACCGUACGUACACCUAUACGCAUGCAUACAUCGUACAAAUAAACAUAUUUACGCAACACGCACGUAUUCACAUAAAUACAAGUAAAUUCUAAGGUAUAAACGCACACGCGCCCAUCCACCCACCAGCGCGGCCAAUUUGAUAAACGAAUGUUUGUGACGGUGUCGUCGGUUUCGUUGACGUCGUGUCUCGUGAGUGAAGCAUUGCAAACCGCAUUCACACACACGCCCAAGCAAAAAGACUCGCACACAUCUACAUACACGCAUCGGUACGCAACCAUGUUAUUUAGCGAUUCUGAGAGAGUACUCGUAUUUUACGAAUUCUCCCAGCCUCUUUGAGACGUCGAUUCUUACAAAUUAGGAGAAGCGACAAUAAGGCAAAGCAGAAGAUAGGUAGCAGUAAGCAGCGGCAGCAAGUGUUCAUGCCCGUGUCUCUGUAUGUGCACAUUGUUGGGAUAAACUUGCAGUGCAACAGAUUCGCGUAGUUGUGUCUUCUUGCAGCUGCCAUCAUCAUUCUUUUCUUCGUUCUCGUUAACUUUGUUGUUGUUCGUAUUCGUUGUUUUUGUUGUGUUAUCAUCGUGCAGAAGGGGCGCAGCGUUAAAACUAGCGCAAAUGCCGCUGCGGUCGUCGCCUGCUGCAAAAUGGAAACGAAUAAUGUGCAACUUUGCCGCAUCUGCAUCUCGGCGAAUGUGGGCUGCACGCAAAUGAUUUCGAUAUUUGGCGAAGAUUCGCUGUGGCAAAAAAUCACCACUUUGGCCGCUGUUAAGAUUGAAAAAGGUGACACCCUCCCGCAACAAGUGUGUGUGACAUGUGCCAAAAACGCGAUUUCUGCGUGUCUCUUCAAGAAGAAGUGCGAAGAUGCCGAUAAUUUCUUUCGACAGCAACUGCUCAUACAAAAGUUCGAGAGUAGGACUUCGGUUGGGAAUCAUGUGGCGUCCGUGCAACCAGAAGUCGACUCCACCGAUCAAGUUCCCGAAGUGGCCGCAAUGGAAAGCUAUGGCGGGAGCGACUGUGAAGAACAGCCGAACCAUCCACAUAUCAGUGCCAGCGGACAUCCUAAUAGUGCAAUGACCGAAGAAGAUGAUGGAGAAAUAAAGUUUCCUUAUUGCAAGCAACCAUUCGAUUUCCAUUCGAUACGCCUAAUGCACGAGUACAUGCAACAGCAGCUAAGCAAAAUAAAUGGUUCCCAUAAGGGCGCGGGAGCUAGCAAUAGCGGAGGAAAUUCGGACGCUUGCGCUGACGAUGAUGAGGAUCCGCUACCGCUCAUACCUGAAGUCGAAAUGUUAACACCGUCCGACGAAGGGCCCGUCGGUGGCAGCAACAACGAUAACAUGCCGGCGUACGGCGGCGUCGAACAAUCUGCAUUGCGUGGCUACCAAUGUCCUGACUGCUUCCAAAUUUUCGAAAUGAAACAGAUUCUCAAGGCACACAUGCAAAGCGUACAUGGCACACAGGGCCCUGUAUAUGAGUGCACGAAUUGCAAAAAGACAUACUUUUAUAAGCGAUUCCUGGAGAAGCACGUGCGGCGCGGACGUUGCGUCAAAAAGCGACGCAAUCAAACCCGUCCGAUGCAGUGUUCUGAUUGUCAUGUUUUAUUUCCCACUGGACAUCAUUUAGGUUGGCAUAAACGCACGGGCUGUCCAUCUCGGGCUGCCAAAAUGCCGUUGCAGCAGCUUCUGAAGCAGAAUAUAGUGGAAUACAACAACUUUCCGAAACGCGUUGGCAUACGAAAACCGGAGAAUGCGCUUUACCUGCAUAACAGAAAAAUUCAUAUAGCCAAUAGCAAACGCAAGGGACGUACUCGUAUCAAGCUGGAUUCGAAGAAAAUUGCUUUGGCGAAGCAGCUAAUUCUGCGCGAGGCCACUACUACCGUCAUAGCCAACGAGCUGAAUAUUUCUCGAACAUUUGCUUGGCGUUUGCGUAAGAGUCUUGUGAAUGGGGUGAGUCUGCAUGAGCGCGUCAUCGACACCAAUGGUGAAGAGGGUGAUGAAACCGCGGCUCAACCUAUGGUAGCAGACAGUACUGAGCAGCUACCGCAGGCAUAUCCUUUCGCACAACAAACCGAACAAGUCGCUCAUGUUGAGUGUAUGGUGAAGCAAGAGAAAUCAGAGAGUGAUGAUGAGUCCGAGGAAGAUGUAGAUGCAGAGGUGGGUUUUACGCGAAAUAAUGAGGCAGCCCAUGGAGAGCAGGGGGAAAAUAAUGAGGCGCACAGUAGAACAUUACAAAUGUCUCGACAACAAAUUUAUUCAGAACAGUAUGGCCUAACAGUGGACAAGCAGCUACGCAUUGAAGAACCGGAUCUAUCUGGUAAUAGUAAAAUAAUGAAGCAACAACUGCUGCAAUUGCAACAGCAAGAACAAGCGAAUAAUGCGAACGACGAUGAUGAUGACGAUGAUGACGACGAUGAUGAUGAUGAUGACGAUGACGAUGAUGACGAUGACGACGAUGAUGACGACGACGGUAAUGAAGAUCAAAACGAUGGCAACGAUGAUGAUGAUGAUGAAGAUGAAGAGACUGAUAAUUCUGUUGAAAAAAAUGAUGAUGCUGAAAACGCUAAACAAAGUGAAGCACAGAAACUACAAAUACAACAACAUCAACUACAGCAAAAGUAUCAACUGCAGCACCCACAAAUAAAGCAAGAACAAAUUCAAACAAGCACAGCUCUUUCUCACCAACUAAUGCAUGGUACUGAAACGCCAGGACAUAUAAGAAGCAAGGAUCCUACAGAUCAUCGCCAACAAUUGUCAAAUCAUGGUAAAGAAGAUGUUGCUCAGCCGAAUUUGCCAGUUAUAAAUCAAUUUCCGUCCACAGUUUCUGCCGCUAUACAUCAACUCCCAGUGAAUUUAUCCAUUCGUCCCAUCCAAGGCGCACAAAGCAAUGAAUCGGAGAGCAUGCGGACUUCGACGUCAACAACAGCAGGUCAGGUAAAGAAGCCGCGUAAGCCGAACGUUUUCAUUGAUGAUGAGAAAUACGCGAUGGCCAAGACGCUCGUCGCGCAGAAUUCAUCCACCAUGGAGAUAGCACGCGCUCUCAACGUUUCGCAGAUGACAGCUUGGAAGGUGCGCGAUGCCAUUGUCAAAGGACUGCCUCUGUCGUAUCGCAACAAGAGAGACGGGCGUAGUGCUUCAAAUGGGUCGAGUGUUUGCGGUGAAACGACUGGAAGUGCAGUAUCGGAAAGCGUGGAACAACAGAUGGCUCAUCAAUUGCUAUUGCAACAGCAACUGCAACAAGAGAAAUACCGUCAGGAGCAGUUACAAUUGCAACAACAGCAACAACAUCAGCAACAGCAAAAACGAUUGCAGCAGCAGCAACAACAAGAACAACAAGACCGCUUGCGUUUGCUGCAAAGACAACAAACGUUAAAGGCACAACAAAAUAUUCAAAAACACCAGCAACUACAAGAUCAACAACAACAACAGUCUCAACAAGACCAGGGACGAAAUGGGCAGCAUUAUGCGACAUCACAACCAUCAUCGUCGCCACGAUACGAACAACCUGCUACCAGUACCACCGCGGCAGCCACGGUGAAAUUUGUGCAUCCACGACGUCGUUUGAAAGCGGCCGAGCGAGAGCAACGCGAUAAGGAAAUCACACGAGAAAUACUCGAGCUCAUACGCGAAGACAGUAAUAUUCAGUAUUGGAAAGUAUCUGCGCGUCUUGCCGAGAAAGGCUUUCCAAUUUCGCCAUCGUCCGUAUGUCAAAAACUCAAAUCCAUGGGCAUACAUCGACGAUGGAAGCCGGGCGAUAAGCCACCAAUGAUGGUAGACAUAGAGCAGCUGAAAGCGGUGAGUGCCAUAGCCGGCAAUCUGGUGCAUCCACCAAACUCUGCCGAUGAAGGCUAUGACCAUCAAUUCGACAUGGGUGGCGCACACUUUCUUAGUGCCUUUACGCGAUGAACCAGAAGCGAAGUGUCAAGAAAAAAAGUUCAGCUAUUAAAUUAGCGUAAAAUUUUGAACAAAGAUUAUACAAACAUAUACGUGCGUAAACGCACGUUGCGUUGUAUACACACGCACACAUACAAAUGAAUUAAACAGUAUCUUUUCGAGGCAACAUACAGUAUACGAAUACUUAAAAUACACAUAAAAAAGUGAACAAAGUUAGACAAGUAUAGUAAAAAGUAUUCGAGUUUCAAGUAGUGUCUUGAUUAAUUGCACAAUUAUAGUUAAUCUUAAAAGUAUUUAUAAAAUUGAGUUUUAAGGUGAAAAAGUUUAGAGUUCAUAACAAUGUAUAUGCAAAAAGUAAAGAUGCAGUAUUUGCAGGGAUGAUACUAGAAUUAGAAUUAGUAUGAAGUGAGUCAUUAAUCAGCUGUAUUAUUAAACACAAAAACUCCUAAUGGAUAAAGCAUUCCAAUUUUUUUUUCUACACACGCCACUUAGCAUAUCCACUAUUGAAUUAUUGCACAAGUUCAGUACUUGAAAAAAAAAAAAUUUAAGCCAUUAAAUGGCAAAGACAGCUUCCAUUUUAUGUACGCAUACAUACGUAAAUUUUGUUCCAUACACUUAUAUUUUAGUACAUAUGCAGCUAAAUGUGUAUUUAUUUUAUGUUAACAAAAAGAAAUGUCCAUCAGAAAAAGGAAGUUAAGUUUAUAGGUAAUAAGUAAUUAAAGGUUUACCUAAAUAUUACACUAAGAAUGCACUUGAAAGACUAGAUUGAUAGACAUAUAAAGACAUUAUCAGACUCUUGUACGUAAUAGUUACUUACAGAUAUUAUUUUUGUUUUGUUGUAACUCUUCAUUAAACGUUGAAAAUGCUGUAAUUGCAAAGCCUUUUCAAUUUAUUUUUAAGCAUUUGUAGAACAUUUUUAAAUGUGACUAAAAUUGCGUAAUGCUCGAGUUGAAUUCUCAGGAAUUCAAUUUACAUACAUACGUAUCUGUAGACUUCUGAUGACUCCGCUUAAAUCGACUUAGCACUUUUUACCUUAGCACUACUGCUAGGUGUUUGGCCGAGCUCCUCCUUCCUCUGUUUUUUUGGCGUGCAUCUCGAUGUUGUUCCACAAAGGGAAUAGAAUAGUAUAGAACAAUGGGAGGUUUGUAUUUGGAUAAAAUGGUCUUUUAUGCCCUUAACUCAUUACAAUACCCCAUCCGAACCCAGUUGUCUCAGUGAAUAUAAGAUGCAGCUGGGUUAAGCUGAGCGUAUGUGCCUUUCUUAUGGUCGUACCAGGCCGAGAUGUUUAAUCUUUUCUCUCGCUAUAUGUAUGUAUAAUUUAGGAGUCCAUUUUAAUAAAACUGGCUUUGCAUACAACUACUAAAGUUUUCAGUGUAAGAACAUAAUUUAUUAAACUAAGUCUAAUCAAAACCUGUUAAAGUCAGAGAAGUUAUUUUUUUCAAAAGUCUACAGAUAUACAUAAGUGUCUACUCAAUAAGUUUUAAGUUGAAUGUGCAAAGAUAAUUCAUGGAAAUAUUUACCGCUUACAAUGUAUAAAAAAAAAAUUUUUUUUGCUACAAAUUCAAACUAAAAACGUUAGUUAAAUCUUUACGUACCUUUCUCACAGUUUCUUGUUUAUGGAAAUACGGAAAAACGUUUGUGCCGUCACAUAUCAUUUGAUAUGAGCAAAAAUAAAAUUAAAAAUUUUUGAAAUGUUAUCACCGGUCCCAACGUAUCUGCCUUAUAGAAUAUCAACAUUUUUGUAAGCAUACGAUUAUUUUUUAAUACGCAAAGCAUACGCCAUAGUUGUUGAAUUUCCAAAAUUCUUGAAAUCAUGCAAUCCAAAAUUGUAGAGAAAUGUUUCAAAUGAAUUCCUUUUGAUUUAGACUUGUGUAUGACUACAUACUUACAUAUAAACGUUAUAGGUACAGAUAUCCGUCCGAUUUACAACACAGUUUAGUUCUGCUAAUAACGACUUUUCUGGCUAAGUAACAAAAAGGCCGAAAAAUCACAAGCUUGUAUGAAAGUGAAUGGAAGUGUUUGUAGUUUAUUUUAAUUUACGCCUCAAAUGUAUAACAAAAACGAAAAAAACAACACUUCCAAUACUUGAAAAUUAUUAAGUUGCAGUACAAUCCUAGCACGCAAGUAGGGCCAUUAACGCAUUGAAAUUCGGUAACACCGGCCAAUAUGUACUUUUUGCUUAGCUCCUUAGUGUAAAAUUUUGAUUUGUUUCGGGUAAAAGAUAAAGGGGGAAAUAGUCAUAUUAGUUAAUGUUUGCCACCUGCUGCAACGGUAUAUUAUCAAUAAAAAAUAGCACAAGCUUUAUGAGAUUGAAGAUGAAAAUUUAAAAAUCUUAUUAUUUCAAAUGCCUAGAAUAAAAAUAUAUGCAUUAAAAUAUACAAAAAAAAAGAACUGUUACUGUUUCUGAUUUUCCCAUAGCAAAUUGAGGCUAAGCUUGACAUAAAAUUUAAAAGUUUCGGAUUAUAAAUGAUAAAAAAAGGUUUUAAUUUUUUAGAGGUUCCAAGUCAUUCUAGACUUAUGAUUUCUUUACCUGAACAUUUCUGAUGGCGUUGUUGUUAUUGUAACAGCAUAAACAUUCCCCAUAAAUGUUUGCGGAACGCUGCUGGAGUUAAAUCCCUUAGGCGUAUACGAAUCCGUCUACCGCAACUGAUCCAAAAAAUAGAACAAGUCUCAGUUUGAGAGGCAAAGCACUUCUCAUGAAAGCCAAUGUUGUUCGAAAGCGAUAUAAAGUUAUAAAACCUACACCAUAAUUACACUGAUCGACAAAAACUUACUUUUAAUUUGUCAUAUGCGCUUUAUAUAUGGUAUUUUUUACCUUACUUUGACUCCCUAAGGACGAAAACAGGUGUAGGAAAAAUGUGUCACCCAUUAGGACAGGAAUUUUUUUUUUUAUUAAAAUUUUUUUUUUAUAAAUUUUUAUUAUUUUACUUGAACUACAACUUGAAAACAUAUUUUUAAAAUCCAUAAAUUAUGAUUUUCUGUAGUGUUUGACUUGAGGCUGAUCACUUGCAAGUGUCAAAAAUUAAACUUCCAACAUCAGAGCACCCCAUUUGCCGCUGUAUCGUUUUUCCAUGCUGGUUAUAUCCUGAUGGAGCCUUUCUCAAUGUUAAUUGCCAAUGUCUUCUAACUUAUCGUAAAAAAAUUCGAGGUUGAUGUAUAAAAAGUGAAUAUUUGUUUGUUUGUUUUGGCGCCUUAUUCAUUCCAUUUAUAUUAGGCAAUUAGCCAAAAGUAGCAAUCAGCAAGCCAUUCUUCGCGUUCUUUUUGCUCCGCCUGUAAGGUUUUUUUCGCAUAUCGUACAGAAUGUAUAUGUGAUGCUAAAAAAUUACAAAAAACCAAAAUAAUCACGAUAACCCUGAUUCACCAUCAUCAUACUGGCAUUACGGUGCGGCAUAGGCAUUGCCUCCUCUAUCAUUUAUCUCUACAUUCCGCUGUCGCUCUAUAUUGUGGGCUUCUCAUUUUUCGUAUAUCAUCUUCUACGCCUUGUAACCAUCUUCGGUGCGUCUUCUAAUCGUAUGGGGUCGAAUAUUUUCUUAAGAAUUUUUCUUUCAAAUCGCAGGAUCCAUGUCUCCCAACCGUAGUUUAGAACCGGUCUUAUGAUAAUUUUGUACAUCUGCAGUUUUCCUGUGAUAUCAAGGAAGAUUUCAUAAGUUUAGUUUGCCCAAAAUAUGCUCUGUUAGCUGCCUGCAUGCGAUCUUGCGUUGAUAAGGAUGGUCUUUAUUUAUGCUGAGUACUACACCCAGCCAUUUAAAUUCCGGUAUAAGCUCAAAAUUACACAGUGCGGCCGAUUCCCAAAAAGCUGGCCAAAAGUCGAAAAAAAAAGUUUCUAGAUAGAGUUUUUUUGUCUUUGGGUUGGCUACAGUAAUGCCUUGAGUAGUGAAAACCGUUCAUAGCAACGUCCUGUACCCUAAGUAUCCUCUGUAUUUUCAGUCGCAACGUGGCCUUCGUUUGAGCAUCGUAUUACUGUCGAUGAAUAGUGAAAGUUGUACACAUUUGAAAGAUUUUGUAAUGGAGUAAAUUGAACAAAACCAAAUGGAAUCAUCUUCGGAAGGUUAGUAAAAUACGAGAAAUCUUUAGUACAUAUCAAUACCUCGACACAAAAUUUUUAGCUGCAGCAAUACGUAGAUACAUUUUUUGCAAUUUUGUUUAUAAAAUUUGAGUUUUCAAACUGUAUAGUAAUACAACGCCGUCAUAUGCUGCUUUGAAACCUAUUAAAGGUUACUCAAAAAAGUAAUGGUUACUGAAUAAAACAAGAUUCAGCUGCUACCACUUGCUACCUUGCGACCCCGAAAACAUAUAAAUUUACAUGCAUCUUGAUUAUGUUCUUGAAUAUACGCUAUUUCACGUGAGGGGGUGGCCAAUAGGGGUGGAAGGGGGUGGAUUUUCAAAAUUUUAAGAUCAAAUUCGUAAUCAGCGACCCCGACAACCCCCGAGUAAGAAAUUUUGAAUCAAUUACUUAAUUUUUUGAGUUUUGGCCAGCUUUUCGGGAAUCGGCCGCACUGUGUGUCGCAACAAAUCUCUGGGCGACGGAAAAAAAAUAUUUCUGUUUUAAAAUAAGGUUAUGUAGUAAAGUAAUAAUUAGCAUACAGACUCCGUGUGGCAACAAUCUUGUCGAUCAGUGCUAUUAUUAUUUCUAUGAAGACUUUCGAAAAUUCACUUUCAUACCAACUGGCAGCUUUGAGCAAACAAAGAAAAAAGAAGAAAUAUUCCGUUGUUUUACAUAUUUCAUUUUAAUGUUAUAGUUUAUUAUUUUAAUUUGCAAAAAUUCAGCAUUUUUAAACACAUACAUACAUCCAUACAAACUCAUUGAUGGCAAUAAAUUGUAAGCCUAAUAAAACAAAAACAAAACCAAGAACAAAGUAAAAAACACAAAUGCUACAGUUUAGGGGCGCAUAGUUAUUAUACAACAUUAAUCAGUGAGAAUUAAGCCUUAAAGUGCAAUUAAAUAAAAUACACACAAGCAUACAUACAUAUACACAUAUGAUAUAUAAAUAAUAUAAUACAAGAGAACAUACAAAUGUACAUAUGUUCAAUCUGUUGACCCAAACAUUAAUUUGGCAAAUACCGCAAAAUGGCUGCUCUCAAGCUUACAUAUGCAUAUGCACAUAAGUUUAAAAUCAAGUGCAUAGUAGUAUACUUACAUACAUCCGUGAAAUUAAAAAAAAAUUACAUGUACAUUACAAAUACAAAUACAAUACUCGUAUGUAUGUAUAGAGAAAGUAUUAAGUAUGUGAACUACACAUACGAAGAGUAUAAAGGCUUAUAUAUGUAUAUAGUGUUAAGCAUUAAUUGUUAAACAUAUACAAGGAAGCAUACAUAUUUAAAUAUGUAUAGGUAUGCUAAGACAAAACAAAGAGACAAACAAACAAACAUAUGUAACAAAAGGAAAGAAAUUAUACGAACUGCAGACAUUUAUAUAUACUUACGUGCUCUUAUGAAAUUAUUUAUUAAAGUAAUGUCGGAAACAAGCAGCAAAUGAAGUAUCGCAUCGACUUAUGUACGUAUGUGCAUGCGUAUGUAUAAAUGAAACGCUGUAAUCGAAGCUAUCGACAGAAACCACACCAGUUUUUGUUCACUUUAUCUUAGUUUUACUUUUUAUUUAUUUAUUUUUUUCUAUUUUAUGUGAGAUUUUUUCAUUUUCAAAUAUCAGCAUUAGUUAUAUUUAAUUACUUUAUUAUUUUUUAAUGUUAUUUAUUUUCCAAUGCGAAAAACGUGUAUUAAAUUCGAUUAAAUUACAUGCUAGUAUGUAAAUACAUAUAUGAAUCAAUGGUGUACAUAAGUAUGUAUAUACAUAUUUACAUUCUGGGUUUUCUCAUACAUAUUGAAACUGCAAAAGGUGUUUUAAAUCGGAUGACGGUUCGAGGAUAAUUCAGUAAUUUUCCAAUUGGUUCGUACAAAGCUGUAGCCGGCCAAGGGCUGUCAAGCCAGCAGCGUUCCCCAAAAAUUUAAAAGAUAUAUUUUGCGCUGCUACUAAAAUAUCAACUCGAUAACUAAAAAUAAUUCACUUGAUUUAUCCUCUAUUUGUUUUUGUCUAUUAUGUCGUUUAUUGCGCUUUUUUGGAACUUUUCAUAGUUAACCACAUGACGCUCGGGGGUUUUUCACAAAAAUGUAACCAAAAACAUCAGGGCUUUUUAUUUUGUAUUUAAAAAGUUUAUAUUGUUUGAAAAUAAAAAUAACCAAUGCCAAGUACCAAUUGGCAAACACGAUUCGUUCAUUUAUCGUAUGUAAUACAAACAUGUCGAAACCUGCGAGCAACCAAGGCGCAUUCAUUAAAGGUGGUGUCACUAGCCCAACAACACUGUUCUGUACGUUUUAUUGUCAAAGCAAAGUAUUGAGAAACUAGAAAACAAAUAAUCAAUUUUCCUUGUUUCAUUCUGAGCUGACAGCCACAACGAAAGAAAAAAAACAACUCAGCUGAUUUACCAACGCCACCUUUAAUAUAUUCACCUUGCGAGCAGCACUCGGUUUGGUGCGUUAUAGGGUUGUCACAAUGGGCCGUUUCCGUCUGUUGCGACAACGCAUUUGACUGACCACAAUUUAAGUAUUGCCGCAUAUAAACAAAAAAAAAAACAACAGAUAUUCUUGUCGUGGAACAAAUAUCAUAUUUCGUUGUGUAUAAACAGGUUUUGUUGGUUGUGAAAUAUCCAAUCCAAUUAAUGCUUAUUGAAGCGACCAUAAUCGGGAUCGGGAUGUACACAUUCAUUUUUCAGAGCAACUUGGUUAAAAUUUGCCUUUUCUCUACUCUUUCAAGCGUUUAUUGGAAAUAUCGGAAAUAUUACGGUACAUUUGAAUUCACUCAACUCAUUUAACAUGCAUUUAUUUUCUGCAUUUAAUUUGAUAUAAAAAACACACCAUCGAUAAAAAUUUGCCCGAUACAAAAUUGUUCUUCUUCAAACAGUUGUCAUUUUUGUCGCACUUGUCGUACGCCAAAAGUAGAAAGUUGACAAUUCUUAUGCAUUCCGGCAUGGCGUACGGCAGGUAUGUGGCGCCUUCCACUCAAAUACACAUAAUCUAUUUUGCUCUCAGUCAAAUUCGUUGCCGUAAAGGACGGAACGUAUCCAUUGUGACGGCCCUAUUAGAGUACAUAUGUCCGCCGCACGCGAGUGCUGUUCGGUCAAAUUCAUUAAGCGGUUAAGAAGAGCGAAGCCGUGCCAAUUUUUUUAUUUUAUUUAGAUAUCUUUACUUGCUCUCAAUAAUGAAAUUUUAAAGCACUUGUCAAGUUCAAGUAAGUCAUAAUUCUGCGACAGUCAGUUUUACAGGAACUUUAUUUUUUAUAAAAGAAUUAUUUUAAUUGAACUUAAACUUGAAAAUAUGUUUUUUAAAUUCAAAAAUUAUGAUUUAUUAUAGUAUUUGACUUGAGGCUGAUCACUUGCAAGUGCCAGUUUUGUAUACCAUUCACACACAUUUACGUACCCUUCCCAAAUAACGCGUUUAGAAGAUAAUUCGUUUUAUUUAAAAAAUAAAUAAAUACCCCAACGAAAUGCUAAAGAACACGAGCAUUUGAUAUUAUAGAAAAACGAACUACGCUGAAUUCACAGCACAGAAAAGUAUACGUACUGUAUAAAAAAAAACUUAAAUCUAUUUAUAACUAAUGCUAAUGGUUUGAUAGUAUUUAGGUGGGUCUACCUUUGUCUCUGCUACUACCCUAAACCGAUUUUGCAUGAAAAACAACUUCUUCUUUGUUCUUUCUUUGUUGCUAUGGCUGUUUGGUUCCAUUUACACUCCAAACUAUCCUUAAUUUCUUGUUUCUUGCUAUAAGUUCUUAUUCGCUGUUCUAAUUCAUAGCCGUAUGUAUUUCUGCCUUGAAAAAGCUCGUCUUAAAAAACAUUUGCCGUUCGGAGUCGGCUUAAAAUUGCACGGCCAAACACCUUAAAAAAGUGUAAGCGCCAAUUAUUUAUUUAUUUUAUUUUAAGGGGUAGUCAGAGGCCUGAAAAAAUGAUGACUUUCAAUAAUUUUUUUUUGCAGUCAAUGGCUUUAUUUUACAAAAAUAAAAACAAAGCAUUAAUACAUCAUGUUUCGACUUAACUUUAGCAAAAUUUCAAAAAAAAAAAUUAAUAAUUGUAAAAGUUGGCGCUGUUUGUGUGGAGCCCGUUUCUCCAGAAGUCCCUUGCGGUGAUCAUCACAAGUCCUUGGAGAUUCAUCUUAAAUCAAUCGGACAAGAGAAAUUAGUCUUAUUAAUAGAUAAUCUUGAGCCUGAUCGAAGCUAUAUUUUGUGUUUUUUACAUUAACAAUAUGGCGGCCUCAGGAAUUAUUUUUCAGAUUUUCGAGAAAAAACCGACAAUUAAUUAAAAAAAAUACGAAAUUUUGAAAAAAAAUUCUUUCGAUCAAGCACGAGUUUUUUAUAUUUUUCACAAGCAUUAUAAAUUUUAUUGAAAUCUUCCAAGCGGUAUUUAAGUUACAGUGAUCACCAGUUCGAAAACCACAGUUUUGAGAAAAUCGCAUUUAAAGUUUUGCUAUCGUUUACCGGAGCACCCGAUCGCCCUGUGUUAAUUGUUGAAUAACUCGAAAAGUAUUUGUCGGAUUCACUUCAAAUUUUCUCACAAUGUUUUUAAGAUAUUAUACUUUAAAAAAAUGCAAAAGAAAAAAUUAAAUUUUGUGAAAAUUCUGACUACCCCUAACCUCUGAAUUCAUCCCAUAAAUGUUCUAUAUGAUUGAGGUUCGGUGAUUGGCGUGGCCAAUGGACUUGUUUUGCUACGUUACAAAGCAACCAUUCCUUUACUAUGUAUAUGUGGCGGGUACUUCGGAACGUUGUCCUGUUGAGAAUACGAUCCACUACUCAGACCCAAUGUGCUUGCGGAUUCUUUCAAAUUGCAUUUCAGAAUGUGUAAAAUAAUGCAAUUUAUCGACCCCAUUCGCUUACAUACAUCCCCAUACCAUCACCGAACCUCUGCCGUACUUCACAGUUCAGAUAAGGUUUUUCGGUUGCAGGCCCAAUUCGCUUUGCGCCAUAUUUUCAAUCUUUCAUCAUAGUCGAAUAAAUUCAAUUUACUAUCAUCACUAAACAACAGCUUCUUGUAGAAAUCAGUCGAUUUGUCGGCAUACUGUAAUUAGAAUUCGAGCCGUUUCUUUUUCUCAAUUUCGUUUAUGAGUAAUUUUUUCUCGGCACUUGGCUAUUAUAUGCGUUUCCUCUCAAAAAACUCCGUACUGUUUCAUUAAUAUUGUGGUCGGUUUCUAGGGAUGUUUUUCUCUUUUGUCCACAAAACUUUUUUGGUGUAUCGCUUAAUUCUUUUAGAAAUUUUAGGUGGGCGAUCACUUCUAGGUUUGCUGGCUAAUGACUUUGUCUGAAAUUUGUUGUUUUAUUGCUUACAGUCGGCACUUAGUAGUUUUACCCAGCAGCGCUCUCGCUCUACCACGAAAAUGCUUCUUAUGAAAACAAUCCGCCGUUAUAAGUCAGAGUAAAGUUGCUGGAUACUAAACUUGUUAAAAGUCAACUGCAUUUUUAAUUUUAUUUACCAAUUUUCUUGGUACAUCAGCUAGAAAAAUUAUUGAAUUUAUGCACAAAUUGAACCACAUUUUUGCAUGCAUAGAAUAAUAGAUGGCGCAAAAUUGGUUUUUGCAUUACUUUUUUACUAAAUAAAAAACGAUUUUGAGUGCUGGAAAUCUUUAUUUGGACCGAUUGGGUGAUUAAUUUUGCGCCACCUUGUAUGAAAAGGCAACUGUUUAGAUGCCCAGAAUUAUUGAGUAUUGAGGAAACCCGUUAAACACAUAUACAUACAUAUAUGUAUACUAUAUAUAUACAUACAUAUGUACAUGCAUAUGUAUUUACAAGCACUCAAACGCGUUGCAGAUUAUUUUCAUUUUAACUUUUAACGAUUAUAAGCACUGAUAUUUAUUUUACAAGAACUGUAUAAUUAUAAUUACCUAGUAAUAUAGUUCAUUUAUCAUUUUUAACGAGCAACAAUAACCAUAUACAUAUACAUACAUACAUAUAUACCUAAAUAGUUUCGUAAGUAAAAAAAAUGGCAAUGAAAUGCAUACACACAUACAUACAUACAUUCAUAUGUACAUGUAAAUUUACAUAAUUAAGUAUCUGUAUAUGAGAUUGAAAUGUGCACGUAUGUAGAAAAUUUUAGCAAAAUUCUUUUAUUGCAUUGCCUUGUAUGUUCUUCUGGCAUUAGCGUACAUACAUACAAACAUACGAGCAUAAAUGUAUACAUACCUACUAUGUGCAUAAUUAAUAUACAUAAAGAUAUAUAUAGAAUAUAUCCUUAUAUCUGUGUAAAUGACAAGCGCACGGUUAGGUAUGUGCACUAUAAUAUAUACAAACAUACGUAAGUGGAAUCAUAUAUAUAUAUAUAUAUAUAUAUACAAACAUACAAAUAAUAUGCACAUCCAUGCAAACAAACAAUACAUCCAUAUAAAACAAUAAACAUUUCUACCAUAAAGUGUUGUGCCUGAAUGUAAGGUUUUUAACAGAAUAUAUUAAAAGUUGUGUAGUGAAAAGAAAACGCAGAGAGCUUUUAAAAGGGACAACUUCAACAAAAACACCAACAAUAGUAACAAAAUGGGAAAUUACUUUAAUAAAUGCAAAAUAUUAUUUUGUUGAAAAACAAAAAAAAAAAAAUACAAACAAUGGUACGUAGAUACAUAUAUUGUUAUUAACAUUCCAUAAAUAUAAAAUAAAAAUAAAAAAAUAAAAUGUUUCCUUGUAUUGGAAUUAAGCGUGUUUUAUUCGAAUGGCGUACGUACGGGUCGAAAAUGUGCUAAGCGUUAAGCAAUGAAGCGCGUAAAAUUCACAAAACGCUGUCACGACCUGCAAACGUCUAGCAGGAAGACCGUGCAGCCCAAGAAUCCUGAGAUGAACGCACAAUUACAUCAUGAUAAUAAGACCAAUGAUAACAUAUGGAGUGGUUGCUUGGGCAUCGAGAGCCACUCUCUCGACAGUGCGGGAAGCGUCAACGGUCUGUUAGUUGGCUAAAUGACAGUCCAGAGUAUCGUUUACAAGCGAGCGGAAACAUCUUGCCGAGAGUAAACGCGAAAAAAGAAAAUUCGUGAUGGAUUUCAAACGUAAUAGUGCGAUUGCAUUAUAUUUGACUGGAAAAUCACAGCCAGCGAUUGUUCGUGAGCUCGGGCACCUUAAAGUAAAUAAAGCUUUUGUUUAUCGCACCAUCACUCGUUUCAAUGAU